AUGGCAGUCAGUGAUAUUCUCUCGACUGUUCCUCAGCCAGUCCAACUUGGCCUGGCUGGCAUCGGCACCCUCUACAUCGCGAGUCACAUCUUGAGCUACGCCCGCUUGCUCCUCAACCUCUUCGUCCUUAGCGGUACCAAUCUCCGCAAGUAUGGCAAACCAGGCUCCUGGGCUGUCGUUACGGGUGCAUCCGAUGGGUUAGGAAAGGAAUACGCAAAGCAGCUCGCUUCCAAGGGAUUCAACCUGGUGCUCGUGUCGCGCACCCAGUCCAAGCUCGAGGCAUUGGCUUCCGAGAUCGAGAGCUCUAGCAAGCAGGGCGUGCAGACCAAGAUCCUCGCCAUGGACUACUCACAGGACAACUCAAACGACUACGACCGCCUAUCCGAGCUCGUCCAGGGUCUCGAUGUUGCCAUCCUCAUCAACAACGUCGGCCAAAGCCACUCGAUCCCGGUCCCUUUCGUCGAGACAGACAAGAAGGAGUUGCAGCACAUUGUCACCAUCAACUGCCUCGGAACAUUGAAGACAACUCAGGUCAUCGCCCCUGGAAUGGUCCAGCGGAAGCGUGGGCUGAUCCUGACUAUGGGCUCCUUCGGCGGGUGGAUGCCUAUUCCGUAUCUCGCAACCUACAGUGGCAGCAAGGCGUUCCUCCAGCACUGGAGCAGCGCCUUGGCCGGGGAGCUCAAGGAAAGCAACGUUGAUGUCUAUCUGGUCCUGUCCUACCUUGUCGUGUCGGCCAUGAGCAAGAUCAAGCGCCCGUCCGCCAUGAUUCCCACUCCCCGGCCGUUCGUGAAGGCUACGCUCGGCAAGAUCGGGCUGGGUGGCACGCAGAACAUCGCAUAUUCCUACACGCCUUGGUGGAGCCACGCUAUUAUGCAGUGGUGGGUCGAGAAGGCCGUUGGCUUUGGCAGCAAGGUUGGAAUUGGCUUCAACCUGAAGGCCCACAAAGACAUCCGUACCAGGGCUCUCCGCAAGGCAGCAAGGGAAGCAAAGAAGGAGUGA